CUAAUGGCCUCGGUGAAUCUUAGGUCCCGGCCCCCGGAUCUCCAGCAUCGUCUGAUUGAUGUAUCACCAAACAGCCGUCACCGCUGGCUACGAGAGCUGCUGCGAGAGGGAGGGGCGGGAUCCUCGGCACGUUUCUAUAUCGUCCCUUGACUAGACGGUUAUGGGUCCCCAUGCCCAUCUCCGUACUGUACGGGCCCCAAACCCGAGCACAAACUCUCUCCUUCGUAUUUGUUGCUGCCGCUGGUGCUGGUUCCUGGCUGUUCCGUACUGCGGACGAGACCAAGACCGCUCAUGUCUUUGAAAGGAGGGAGGAGCAUAGGCGAGCGAGAAAGGAAGCUCGGUGCACCUCUUUGCCAUGACCUCCGAGCUCCUGAAACCCCAGCUGCUGGUCGAGACAGACCGUUUCCCCGGGCUGCGAGAUGCAUGGUAAGCCUCGGUGUCUGCCCGACGCCGGGCCAAUGCCAUCUGAGCGCAGGAAUUGCUCCACAGCACAAAGCUGGGGAAAACUCAAUCCGUAUCUGGCCCUAA